UCCAAGGGUAACAACUAGCCGCCAUUGUGAUGGAUUAUUACACAAACAAAUGUUUAGUGAACUAAAUACAGUUUUACGAUUUAAAUAAUGUACUCGCCGAGUGUUUUUCUUCUGAAUACUGAUUUCUUUAUUUGUCACUGGAUUACUGUUCUUCAGCAGGAGUGAAAAUUUCUGCCGAAUCUUUUGUACGCAGUUAUCGGGGACCAGUGCUACCAGUGCGUCGAUAUCACGUGGUGAACUUUUUUUUGUUAUAUUUUUGUCUGCACUGCUACAUCCUUUGUGCGGCGGUGAAGUGCAAAUCGAAUUUGUUCCUACCGCGUUUUGUGUUCCGAUGUGUGAUUAGUUAUGAAGUAUGCGUCCUUUGAUGUUGUGGAUAAUUCCAAGUAAAUAAAUUAAAAGGUAGUGGGUAUUUAAUGGCAAGAUCACGUGUGUUCCCAGUGAAAACGCGCCAUUUCAAGGCGUUGGCGUAACAACAAACUAUGCAUUGUAUUCGAAGUAAGGGAUAAAAGUGCAUGCAAUUCAAUUUUCCCUUUAAUACAUUUUGCCUGAGAUUAUAUAAUUGUUAAAUGGCUGCUCAGGCGGUUGUAAAUGGUGUUAUAUAAUUGUGUUCCAUGGAAUCAUUACUUGCAUGUUGUCACCGGCUUCGCUUAGGGUAUGUUGCUUAGCCGUUAUGGCCCCCGCCCUUACGAAGGCGGAUAGGCGAGCAGAUUGUCUUCCUGUUGUGCUCCCUGAACCGUUUUAUUUCUCUAAAACGGUAGACACAUUUAACAGUGAGGACAAUAACAACCAUAUUACAUUUUCUACACUUAAUUUUAAAACAGCAUGGCAACCCAGUUUCAACAAAUCGUUUAUGAAUAAAGUGUGGUGGAGGUCAGGCGAUAGAACUAAGCUCUUAAUUUCUAAUAAUAUACGAUAUUCUGCUGUUGAAUUUCGUAGACAUUGGGCUCUAAGCAGCAGACUAAGGUUAAAUGUCGCGCCAAAGUGUUGUAAACCAUGGCUUUAUUCAAAAGGGUUUUCUACCCUUGCCGAUAAGCUCAGGCUAAAAUACUGUACGAUGAACAAAAAUAAUCUCACUAAUAGAAGUAUGGGUUUAGCUAAAGCUAAUGCAUCUCUGGGUUUGCAUGACCUGAAAAAAAUGAGAAAGAUAUCGCAGUUGCGUCACAAAGAAGAUACAACUAUUUUAGAAAGUGAUGGGGAAUCUUCUCCCGAUAUUCGAGAUUCAACUAACUCUGAUUUUCAAGAUGAAACUUUAGUAACAGUAGUGUCUCCUGUUUCUAAAGGCAUUUUAAAUAAAAAUCAUCUUUCUGAUCAUGAUUGUGAUGUAUUUUCUCCAAGUUCAAGCCUGGAUGGAUUACAAUCGGAUUCAUUUAGUCAGACAGACAGUUUAAGAGUUAUUGGUGAGAAUCGACCAAAAGAAUGUCAACUGUCGAAUAAUUCAGAGUUGGAACUUGGCUCUGUUGUUGCUUCAUCAUUGCAAUCUAAUUCUGUAGUAUCGCCAGCUGAAAAUAAUUCUGGAGUUGAUGCUUUCACUGUUGUUGUUAAUAACUGUUCUGGCCCAUCCAGUGUAGAGUCUUGUGAUACUUCAAACAAAGUGCUUAGUGUGUCUGUUGACUUGCAACAAUCAUCAUCAGUUACGGAAAAACCAGUUGAAAAUGUUAAUGAGCAAGAAACAAUAUCACAACUACCAUCAAUUUUUUUAGAACCACAAGAGAAAUCACCAAAUCCAUUGUUAUGCAACUUUGUAAAUGAAAUUCCUUUAUUGUUAGACUCUCCAGAUUUUUUAUUGAAUGCCUCUCAUAGUUUUGAAAAUAUUGGCAAUACUUAUUUACGGUUACCUAAUCAGUUAUUAGAUGUAAUAAAUUGGGAAAAAUCAACACAGAGUCGAAAGAAACGGCAGCAAAUGAAGUCAAAUCAAAUUUGCUGUAAAUUGACGUUAAAUGAAAAUGAAAAUUUUUCAAAAUUAAUUUCAGGCAGGGAAGAAAAACUCAAGUUAGCUGUAGUACAAUUUCAGCUUCGUAAGUGUAAACAACUAAAUUUACAUGUAAGGAAACAAAUGCAACAUUUUGUUGAACAUUUUCAAAAAAAACUUGGAAUUACUUGCCAAAUGCAAGUAGAUCCAAGUCAUUUAAGACCAGAAAAAGAUUUGGUUGAUAUCAAAACAGAAAUUUUACAAAGUGAAAAUGUAAAGAGCCUUUCUACUGCAGCCUUAGUAAAUUUGGUACGGAAUAUUGAAUCUAACACUAUUCCGGAUAAUUUGUUACCUCAACAAAAAACUGAAAUGCAAAAUGUAGAUGAACCUAGUGAUAAGUCAAAUGUGUUUGAUCCAGAGGAUUUUGUGGAAAUUAAGCAUACUAGCAAAUUUCUUCGCAAUAGUAUGAAAAAGUGGCUUCGCUCAGUGGAUUCUGAUAUGACUGAUGAAAGUUCUGAUGAAGAAAGUGUUCAUUGGGUAUUUCAAAAAAUGGCUUUGGAUACUCAUUCUUCUCGUCAGAAGAAGGCUAUCUGGAAACGUUUGACGGAAAGUGCAUCACUUCAUAGCCGUUCAUCAUGGCUUAUAGCUCGUAUACAAGAACUGGAGUACCAACUGGGGAUGGCCAAGGAGAAAUUAAAAGAAACUGUUAAUUUAGAUGGAGAUGUCUGUUUUGAAGAAUCAGCAUCAUGUAAUAGUUCAGCAUUAUCUGCAACUAGUAUAGAUAUUGAGCAGGUUUCAACAAAACAAACAUCUCUAAAAAAAUUAAUUAGGCCUGUUAAUGGGUAAUUUGGAUCAUAGUUCUGUUAAUGACCUUUCUAAUGUUAAUUGUUCACUUCUUGAAAGCAGUGUACAGCUGACUUCAUCUUUGGCAAAAACGGAAGAGUCUUGUAGUCGCACAAGACCGUUAAAAAUGUCUUUCCAAAAACGUAAAUUGAUUUCAGUUGAAACUAUGCCAAAUUUAAGUAGUAAAGUGUCCAAGUUUUCUACUGUUAGUUGUUACUGCAAUAGUGUAAAUGUGAUUCAACCUUGUGUCCUGUGCGCUGGUCGCUACAAUAGUACUCAAAGUGUUGAUCCUGAUACAAUGCCUCUUCAAGAUAGAAUAGCUCUUUUGGAUCCAAUUUUUCAUCCGGUUCUAUCUUUGGAAAAAGAAAUACCUAUGGGCUUGCAUUUUGAGAAUACUCUGAAGUUGACGGAAGCUCGAUACCAAACUUUUCAACCUGUGUCUCCAGUUGAAUUUAGAAGAAUACGAUUUGGAAAUAAGACGAAGCAUUUUUCACUUUUGAGGAAUCAUAGCAGGAAACUGAAUCGCUAUGCAAGGUCAUUGUUAUCAGUCAAAUAUAGGAAUAAACAUGUACAGAAUUCGAAGCAUUUUAGAAAACAUCGGUUAAUUUUUGGAAAAUGGAGAAGACUGAAUCGAAAUAAGCACUCAUUUCAUUCAAGGGAGCGUAUAAGGAGAUAUUCAGUAGUAUCCAGUGCCAGUUCUCAAGAUUCUCCCGUGCCAUCUCCCUUAUCCAUUUUUGAUGACAGCUCAGCACUAGAUUAUAUGAAAAAGAGGCGUGAUGAUGAUCAGUUUGACAUUGAUGAUGUUAUUCUGCCUUUGAAUAGUAAAAUUGGUCGUGCUGUAGAAAGAUUGCAGUACAAGGAUAUUACAUGCCCGAGUUGGCGCCGUGAAGACAAAGAAGGUCUGGAUGAAACAGAAGAAAUAGAGAACAUUUCUGAUGCUAUCUUUAUACAGAGGCAUGAUAGAUCAGAAAUUGAGGAAAGAAAACAGCUUAGAAGUGGUCCAUUUGGUUUGAAUAAAAGAGCAAGGCGGCACCGCUGUGAUUCACGAGCCGACAGUAGCGGUGCUAACACUCCAGAUCCCGUACUUCUAUAUAAUCAAGACAUUUUGUUUCAAAUGCCAACUUCGAGUGGAACUAGGCCAUCAUCCCCAGCUUUAUCUCCACCAAACACACCUAGCUCCAUUGCUGUUAUUUCGGAUGAUUCACAGCCAUCAUUAGGCAAUGGGUCCGUACCAUCAGGGUUUGAAAAGAGGAAACUAUCUUCACAAAAACGAUCUCUUGACGAAAACUUUCCCUCUCGUUCUGCCAGCAUUGAAUACGAUGAAGUUCAGCCAUACGCUAAGCGUGUAUACCCACUGCCGGAUGAAGAAUAUGAGCUGGCUGUCUUAGCCUCAGUGCAUGCCCAGCAAGAGGAUGCUGACAGUCCGUUUAGUGAACCAAGUUGUCCAGCAUCUCCUGAGAGUUUUACUUGUUCUAGCAGCACCUCAACUGUGGAAGAAGAAAAUGACGACGAUAUUGCUGAUCCCGAGUGGACUGUGCAUAAAAAUGAUCCAAACUCAUUAGUCUUAAAACUUUCUAAGAGAUGAAAUUUCACUUACAGGAGUUUUCUGUGACUCUUGAGUUUUGAUUGCACAUCACGAUAAUGGUUAUCGAUAUUAUUAAAGUGAACACAUUUUAGUGUUGGAAUAUGAGAUGUUAACCUUUUUUGACCGAGGAUGUUGAGAUAAUGUCUUAAAAAUUCUACUACAGCACUUUUGAUGGUCCUCAAUAAUUGCAGUAAUCAAAUAGUGCAAAGCUCUGUUUGAAGUCUUUAAUUGGAGGAGAACGCUGUAGAAAAUUUUUCUGUAUUAUUUAAGCUCAUUAUCCUCGAUUAAAGAGUUAAUAUUUUGAUCCGUCAUUGCAAAAAUUGUACAAAUCAUCUUACCAAAUGUUGGCUUUGUCCUUAUUAAGUCACAUGUGUAUAUAUGUAAAGUUUUCAUUGUGAAUUCCAUAAGUGAUGUAUUCAUAGUGAUCGUUUGUAAUAAGCAUUCAUAAUUAGUCAUUAACCAUCAGGUGCACAUAAAUUUAACAUAGCCAAAGUGACAACUGUCAUCUUAAAUAAUUUUGUCAAGAUCUUGUACUUAUGUAAAAAUAACGUUUUCCUACUGUUAAAUUGCAUUUUUGCUUUUAUGUUAGUGUAUAGUUUGUUCUAAAUUGUACAAAAUAAAUAUAGAAUUUUUUGAACAAAAUGAUGUUGCUUUCUUUCCACUUUGGAUUUUCUCAUAUAUACAGUAGACAAGUUUUUACAACCCUCACUCAACUCAAUGCACAAUUAAAAAAAAAUGCACAUCAGGUAAGGUUGAUGUUAAAUUUAUACAUAAAAUAAAUUUCAGUCAGCAUUUCCUAAAAUAAGUAUAUUACUUAUGGCUGUUGAGAAAACAACAAAUUUUCAAUUUAUGAAAAGAUAUUUCACAAAGUAAUAUUUUAGUAUUUAUAAGACAUGUAAAGCAAAUUUCAGAUAUGAAAC